GAACAUGAUGCACAUCGAGAAUCCCCACGAACAACGGCAGACUCUCCUCCUCUCGCGAAUCAUCAAGAAUGUUGACCUACUCAACGAGUCUCUAGAGGAGCUGGGCCGGUCACUAGCAGAGAUCAACGUGUACAACGAGGGCAACGCAGAGGUAGCCGAUAUGUGGGAGAAUUACCGACGCAAUGCUGCCUUCAAUCUUGAAGACCUCGAAACAUCCUCGCCCUCCACUGGCAACCAGACACAGCAGACGAGCAACGAGGGUCAGACAACACAGGGCCGAAGCUAGGCUUAACAGUGACGCUCGAAGUAGGGGAGCCGCGGUGGUCUGCAGGAGCAAGCUGUGCGAGACAGACGCUAUGUGACAUUAAUGUACUUGUACCGGACGAAUCUUAUUACCCUUGCUCGCGAAAAUGACUAGGCUACGAUAAGUGAGGUCCAGAAAUGUCACAGCGCAAUGGCAAGUCGGGAAAUUUGCCAUCGUUCUACCGAGUCAUCGACAGAAGGUACCUGAGUCUAGGCCAAUAGCUUCUCCAACUGCUUCAGGACGGCAUCUCCGACCUCUCCUGUCUUUGCCUUUCCACCCAGGUCAGCUGUCCUCAGGCCCAGUCCGCCGAGGUCAGGGGUAUCCAGUACAGUCUCAACAGCCUUGUAAAUGGCAUCUGCUUCGCGGCCGAGACCGAAAGAGUACCUCAGUAGCAUGGCUGCUGAUAGGAUGGUGCCGAUGGGGUU